AGAUAAUUAGGUAUAAGUUUAUUUCGGCUCCAUAAUCAGGAUAAUAGACGGAAAAAUAAUUGAUAGAAACAAAAUGAAUAAAACUGAUUAUAGGAUCAGGAGGAAUCGGGAUUUAAUUCAUUAUAACUGAUAAAUGAGUAUUAUUCAGUAUUAUAAAAAAAUAACAUCAGGGCUGGGUGCAUGUUGUUGUUUUUGUCACCAAAAGUUUAUCUGGGCAGCUUAGAAUAAUGACAGUAAAAGUGGGAUGCGAGAAGUCGAGCCAGGGUAAUCGUUAUAGUUUUUGUUUUGGUGCAAUGUCUUACUAUGAUACACGUAUAUUAUCACUUUUGUUUAGAAACUAUUACCAACGAGAAAAUAUGAGUUACGGCAAGUGCAGACACGGCGGAACAUUGUCAUUCUGCUCAAGACAAACUAAUAAGGAGCACUGUAUCAGUUGUAUUUUAGAAUAUUUGGAAAAAGAUGACAAUCCAAUGGUAAAGAAAAUCACUGUUAUACAGAAUAUUGAAGAAAUUCUCAAAAAUGACGUGAAUGCCUUUAUACACUGCCUUUCUAAAAAUGACGGAGUAAUUGAUCAUUACUGCUCUACACUAAUCAAAUUUUUACAUGUCGCCCAAGACAUUGAAUUAGUGGACAAAAUAGUAAAAUGCACUGUAAUUCCAAUCGACGCGAUCGGAAGGGAUAUUGGUGAAUGUAUACUUCCACAUAUAAUUUCAACAAGCUAUUCUGUACAAGAAACAAAUACACUUUUUCCUACGCUUUCACUUCUUCACAACAUAGCUAACAUCAGCGAAAGCGUUUCUGGAAUACUCCUGCAUAGAGAACCUUUCUUUGUCAAGUUUCUUUUGAAUGCCACUGAUUAUCCAGACAACCUAUUGCGCCUAUCAAUAUUAAAGGUGUGCUCCCAACUCGUGUCGAUGUCAACAAGACAAGAUUCAAUUGACAAUCCAGUGCUUUUUCGGGACGCGCUUGCAAGCCUCCCGAAAAAACUAUUUUCUUUACUGUCCAGCAAUGAUAACGCUGAUGUUCUGUUGCAAACUCUCGGAUUGUUGUCGGAUGCUUCUCUGGCGGAAGAUUUUUUACAAUGGCUGUGUUAUGCUGAGGAAGGAAGCACCCCCUUUUAUCCACAAGCUAUUGUUAAUGAGCUGUUGGCUGGUCUGAAACGAAUUUUACUGAAGAGAGAGGAAAGGCUGACUCGGAAAGUAAUUCAUUGCCUGAUAAUGUUCGUUGGUCGUCACGCAGAAUCGAUCAUAGAUUCUCUCUUGAAUGCAGAUCUAGCUGAAUUUAUUUAUGACACUUUGAGAUCAUCAACAUCUCCAACGAUAAUCUCCUCUAUUUAUUGUUGCAUAUUGCUUCUGGCUGAAAGUGAUACAUUUCAUAAAGAUUGCCACGCAAUGUAUGGUUUUGAGUCUGUCUUAAGAAGUCUGCAAUUUCUACUUAAAACAACCCAAAGCACCACUAGUGCGCAAGGUAUCACCUUGCUUCGAAUUAUUUUGGAUAGACAACCUGGGCACGUCUGUAUUUUGAAAACGUUGAGUCUAUUUGAUCGCACGGUAGAAAUAAUAAAAGAUGGCCUGGGUGACAAACACCCGGACAUAGUGAUAUCCUCUGUUGAGACUCUAAGUUCGUUUUUUAAACACUUUCCCCCAAAUUUCUGUAUGCAAGAAAUUAAAUUUCUUUUAAAAGCAAUGGACGACAAUGUUUCACCUUUUGUCACAAUAUUGUCGGGUGAAAACCGAGAAAAACCAGUACAAGAAAUGCGGGAUGAAGAUGUGGAAUUAUCUCCUGAAAAACGUUCAAAUUCUCUAGGUACUUCUCUGAGGAAAAUUUUUGUAGCAGUUUGGAACGUACUCUACCGUGCAUGUGAGCUGAUUGCGGACAAAAUUAGCGACUUGGAAUCAAACUCCAAUUCAUACGUUCCAGAAAACCAGGACCAACUAAAAGAAGUAAAAUCAGCUGUUUUGGAUUCUAUUGAGGAAUCUUGGCUCAACCAUACAACUAAAUCUCUAGGAGCACUUUCGUCUCCUACAGUAAUCCAUUCUAUUCUGGCUACUAUCGUGGUUGUCAAUCGUUCCUUGCAGAGAUCUUCCUUCAUCCACAAGCUAAUGACAGGGGUGUUUAUCCACCUUGCACUGACAGCAAAAUCUAGAUUUUAUGCCGACCCUCGCCAUGGCGAACUGGCAAAUUUAUGCGGGCAAUUUCUGUACACCCUCAAUAUCGCAGCACUGAGAGAAUCCACCGGGGAAGUUUCCCAGCGUCUACAAACGUUACUUGUGACAGGGUUUACUGAAAUAAGAGGAAAACUUUCCGAGUGUGUCUGCUUAAUGGACGAAAUGAUUGAUCGGAAUGAAACAAUUCUUCCAGCGCAGUGUUCCGUUUUUGCCAUGAUUUUUAAUCAUUACUGGCACGGAGGUCGAGAAUUUAUACCCGUUGCAGUGCUCAAUGAGCAUUUGAAUAGAUUUAUUGUUAUGGCAUCGUCACUGAAUGAUUUACCCAAAUCCACGAAACAGCAAAUAAUUUUUCUGUUUGCUAUUUGCAAUGCGAACCCAUCGAUUGAACCAAACGUCCCAUCUUUGAUUGUUCCGUUAUUGAAGGACCAACAGCUGUGCGUAGAUCAUCCAAUAUUUGUUAGUUUUAUUUUACGUAUUUCAUCAGCAGAAACUCCAAUUCAACAAAUGCAGAGCGUAACCUUGAAAAAGUGGUUACAUGUAGUCAAGAAAAAUGAUGAUACAGUCGAAUCAACCUCCGCUCUUGAACGCCUCAGUUUUCUAAUAGAAAUUUCGAAGGUGAACAGAAAUGUCGCCGCAGUUAUAUUUCGCUCAUUAGAUUUUGUUAUUGGAGAACAAGUUAUAGCAGAUGCUAUAUUGGGCGUUUUACGUUCAAUUUUCAAUCACUAUCAUUCUAUAUCGUUAAAAGAAAGCCAGGAAGAACAUGGUUCGUUUUGCAUGUCCUUGAUGCGAAAGUUAUCAAAAUACGCAUAUAAUCAGCUGUCCGAUGGCGCCGUAGUUUCCGAAAAAACUCUUCGAAUGCUACUAAAACUUCUUAUACUUAUAACGAGUUCAAAAUUCAGUAUGGAUUUGGAAAUCUGGUCGUAUUUGCUACGAAUCAUGAAGGUCCUUUUGAAUUUGGUGUUGGCUGACCCAUGUCCUCAGGCUGCUGUUGUUGAUUUGACACUCUGUUUCAUCAACUUCAUUUUUCUCAACUGUAAACAGGAAAAUCAGAUUAAAUCAGCUCUCACCGCAGCAGCAGCACAAAAACAAUUUCUUCGAUAUUUGAUUUUCUGGGCCUUCGGAAUUCCACCAGCAUGUGAUGCGAAUGAGCAAUCCUUCACUUCUGGUAAGAAUUCUAAAUUUAUAUCAUCGGCAAUUGAACUUCUUGCGACCCUUAUCGAAAUGCAUCAAAAGUGUCAUAUGCCUGCCACCGAGACGUUAGUUGUUCCAACAACAAUACUAAAUAAGGUUUUGAUUUCUAAAGAAAAUGUAACAAGAUCGGCUGUUAUAAGAUUUUGGGCUUGCGUAUUAGAAGGUCAUUUUAUGUCUGAUCUGGUGAAGGUCAAACACGAAGAAACAAUACUUUCAGGUUCCUCUGAAAUGUGCUCUAAAGUUUUUCCAAUUUUCCGUAGAUUAUGGAAUGAGUCUUUAAACAUGUCUACUGCCCAAAUGCCGACAGUUAAAAAAGUAGCUUUUCGCUGCGCGGUUGCCCUAUACUCUUUCGCACAGUUGAGCCAAUCCGAAGAAUUUUUGGGUUAUUUAGCAAACCAUCCUUGGUUAGAUGUGGUUUUACUUCGAAACUUAAAAGAUAUUGAAAAGUUGGAUGCAUGUCGGAUGCAUUCGUGGACGAAGCCAUACGUGGAAUUAGUCACGCUUCGCACCGAAUACCAGCAACUUGAGGCGGAAGAAACUGAUGCGGAGGAUUUGAACGACGGACAAGAUCUAGAAGAAAUGCUACUUUCGCCUGAACAAAAUAGUUUAUUAUCAGAAGCAUGAGCUGCUGUCCAUGAAGUAUUGUAUUUUAUCUGUAUAUUGUAUCAUCACUGACGUGGGGAGAAAACGACUACUAAUCAGCAAACCGUAUGCAUUGCUCUUGAGAACAUUCACAGAAUUAUAGUUGUUCGAAAUAAAACAGGUUUGAUGAUUUUCAAGUCUACUACCAAUGUGAAAAAAACAAACUAACAGUAAAGGUGAAAAGACUAAAAUCCACUCGUAUGUUUAUAUACUUGAAUGAGGUAGGAACAAUGAUUCCGUCAAGUAAUCGGUGCUUUCAUUUAAGUAAAAAAAAUUGUUGACACGUAGAAGAGCGGCUGGAUAUGAAUUUUUCUGCUGACCUGUUUUUGUACAGUCUGCCAUCAGAUCAAAAUUCAUAUACGUCGACUCAUACCGCACCGAACGAUCUGAGAAACUUUGAAAAACCCCAUUAGUGUCAUAUGGAAAAAACGGUUAGUGAGAUGUGACGACAUGUCUGCUUUUUACAGUCCAUUAAGGCGUGAACUCUAUAUGACCUGACUUUCGCGAGGUAUGGACUACCGCCGUUGCCACAGACUUCCCCAUUUGGGACAAUUAAGUCUUCAUCCUUUUUAAAAACAGGCACAUUUUUUCACAUAACAAAAUAGUUCGUAGAUUUUGCAUAGAUGUUCCUUACAGUUCACGAUCACUUUUCGUCGUUUCCACCGCGCCACACAGCACAGGGACGAUAUUUGGUCUAUAUUUUCAUGGAAAAAUUGGUAAUAUAAGAAAGAGACAACAUUCUCGGACAUCGAAUACAACUUCGGAUACAGCAAUUCCCAAUUUGGAUUUCAGUCGAGUUAAAAGAUGUAAUUCCAGAGAUACCAAGAGGACCGACAUAAUACAGAGAGAGUAUAAGUAAACCAUAUUGUUAGUCUAUUUAUUCUUCGCCAAAACACCGUAAUAUCACUAGAAUACAACUACUUGUGCUAGGUUUUUGGAUUUACAUUAUAUGUGGUAAGACCAUUUUAGUCCUCGUAUAUAAGACCUUCUUCCUCGCCUAAAACAACGUAAUAUCACUAGAAUGCAACUACCUGUGCUAAAUUUAUGGAUUUAUCUUAUACGUGGUAAGACCAUCUUAGUCUCCGUAUAUAAGACCAAUGAUAGCACACAGUUGAAUCCAAGAUUAUCCUCGAACAUCGGUCAAACCCCAUCAAUUCGAGUUUCAAUAUAAAUGUUGCAUCCUUUGCCUAAGUUCGCAUGAGGAUCCCUUGUAGCAGUGAAAACAUAAAAAUAAGUGACGGUGCUAGAAUUUAUUGCAAACGUUUAUUAAAAAUACUAUUGGUACAAAAAUUCACACAAAUCAUAUAAUAUUUCCCGCAUACCACAGUAAGAUUUCAGCAUGAAUUCGCAGCGUUGACGACACUUGCUAAAAGCUUCAAAUGCUGUUUAAAUAUGCUUGAUGAUGUCAAGCCUGAGGUUUUAUUUACUAAACUGAAAGUGUUACGAUGCUCAUCCCACAGUCAAAUAACACUGCAACCUUGCUGGAUGUUCAGUCAUCUCUGACCAUCGGUGAUGAGAUUUAAAAACAGGUUCCCUUAUAACCAUUUUAGAAAACCAUGCUGAACUUAUA